UAUCAAAACCAGGAAACUGGCAUUUGAUCUGAUCGGUGACUUUCCAUAAGCGGCAGCGAUUUCAAUCACACGGCGCUGGUAGCAACAAUCUCCCGACUGCUGAACCAGUCGAAUGAGAGGAAUUCCAAAAUAUGUAACCAUCUAAUUAAUUAUUUAUGAGCAUUUAGUGCAACCAUCACUCACUCAAGUGGGUGAAGUCGGGAGUUCCAAAACCGGCAAAGGAAACCAAAACAAAACAGCGUCAAUUGACUGCUGCAUAUGCUAGCAGCGCUGUGCCUUUGAACUGCAACUAGAUCGUGACGAUUGGUCUCUGCGCGGGUGAAACGAAAGUGAAAACAUGGAGAAAUAUGUAACGGUCGUAUCGGUUGAUAAUCAACCUUCCACGCAGGGAGCUGAGGCGGAAGACGGCGGUAGCAGCCAGCUACCAAAUGUAGACAUCAAGGAAGUGCCGACAGGGGGCGUGCCGCCAUCAGUGGAUUCGAGUGCAACCAUUGAUUCGCAGUUUGUGACGGUGCUGUCGAUCAACCAUGGAAAAGCAGUAGAAGGAACCGAACCAGAAAUGGUGCUGGUUUAUCGGUUACCAGGAGAAAGAUUAGGUUUCGGGCUUAAGUUUCAGGGAGGGACGAAAAAUAAUGAGAAAAUUCAGCGUCUCUUUAUUCAGUCAUGUGCGGAAAAUAGUCCCGCCUCAAGAGUGCAGGCCAGUUGGGGCUACCUCAGGGAGGGUGAUGAGAUUCUUGAGAUUGAUGGUGUCAGUGUGACGCGAAUGACCCGAAUUGAGUGUGUCAAGUGUCUGAAAGAAAGUAAUUUGGCCAUCAAGUUGCUCGUGAGAAACGGCGAAGGAAAAGUACUAAAUUUCUUCGAUGAAAAUGGAGAUCUUCCAGAACGAAAGAGUAUCCCACCUCCUCCUCCGCCUGUGCCACCACGAAAAUUGAACAAAAGAAAAGUUACUGAACAGCAAAACAUUGAUCCACCCACGAAACAAAACGUAGAAAUCAUUCAUCCUCCCGAUGCUGAGGUGUAUUCGAACCUGUUCUCAGACGACAUUAGUGACCUUAUCAGUGAAUCUGAUGAUACUGCCAGUACAAUUUCAACAGUCAUAGAUAAGUACUCAAUCUGUUCUAGUCUUUCGUCGGAGGACUACACCAUUUCUUCAAAUCCAAGCAGUUUAGAAUUGGCGAAAGCCCUCAAGCCAUUCACGCUCCUGGAAAAAGAAUUUAACCUGGACAGUAAGUUGGAAAACAAUUUGUUCACCUUUCAGCCUCAGACUUCGAUAAACGUGGUUCAACUGGAAGUGAGACUCGAGUCGAGUUCAAACGAAUACGAAAACAUUACCAUCGCCAAGUUGGAUGAAAAUAAAAACUACGAAAACGUAGUAAUCCAUGCCAGUGAUCAUCAGCCUCAAAACUACGAAAACGUUACCAUUCAAACCGUCACAGAUCCUCAGCCGUAUGAAAAUGUCAUCGUUUCGACGUCCAGUGACACAACGGAUCCGAUUGUUUAUGAAAAUGUUGAUUUGAAAGCUCCACCACAACCUCUACCACGUCAAACCGGUCAAGUUAGUCUCGGUGCAGUAGAUGUAAGGAAACGAUCUGCUCCAUUGGCAAGUGUCAUUCCGCCUCCACGUCAAAAAUCUCAAAAAAUUGCUCAACUGCCAUCAAUGCCUCCCCAUCUACCACAUGAGUUCAACACUAUUCAAAGUUGGCUUCAGGAAGCUACUGAAGUCAUUCAUGAGUGUGCCCUAACUCCUACCGGUACCAACAGUGGUGAACCUGUGAAAGAGGAUAAACAAUCACUUCGGAAUGCUAAUAGCAACGAGAACUUACCACGGUUGAUUGACUUCCAUCCAAAAGUACCCAGUUCCUUCAAAUCGGUAUCAUUCCCCCAACCAACAAUUGUCACCAUUGAAACUACGAAACCAUCUGUGCCCAACAAUCAGGAGGUUCCAACAACACCAGAGGAUCAAUCCGUGCGUGUAAAAAAGUGCAUCAAAAUUGUUGCUAACGGUGUUGGUGAAAUGGUAAACUACCUUGAAAGCUCCAGUGACGAAGAGGAGGAGAAAAUCUACGAGCCAUCCCAGAUGGAGCAGGAUCGACUGCUGUGCGGUAACGAUGAUUCCGGUAGUUACGAGAACUACAGUGACGAGGACGGCGAAAAGCUUGGACCGCCGGAAAUCGUAGACGGAGGUCCCUCCGAGGCGUACUUCAACUUUCACUGGUCGACAACGCUGUUGCCACCGAUCGGAGAGGUAGAGGAAGAGUUUUCCUCGCUGGAGAAUCAACAGAGCGGACCCAUCGUCAUCAUUGAUACCGCUGAGGAAACACUGUUCAAUGACAGCAACAACAAUCAGCACCGCGAGCUUAAACUUAAAUUGGAUGCUCACUUUUGGGUUGAUGAGGAACCUAUCUCGCCUUCGGAAUCCGACGGAGUCGAUUACAUUCCGGCAAUGAUUGAAACUGAACUCGUUAGCCCGACACCGCAUCGAAGACAGUCGGGGAAUUCACCGCCCGUGCCCAGUCGUACUGUUUCAAUUCCAUCGGCAGAGGGAUUGGCGUGCAAUAGUAAACAAUGUGAUGUCAUCGAAACGGGAGAAAAUGAAACAGCUGUUGAAAUGCGCAGCAAUCCAGGUACUGCCACUAUCAUUUCUACUGAUAAGAACGGUGAUGCUUCGAAGGUACCAACAGUAGCAACAACUAGCUCCGAACUGAACAAAACCGAGACGAACGUUUCGGCGGGAGAUGCCGAAAAGCGUUUAGAUCAGUUGAUGAACGACCUCGUUGAUGAUAACGACAGUUUGAGUGCAAGUGCUCCAGAAGUGCAUGUCGUGAUGGAGAUGGAUCCAGUUACUGAGAUUCCAAAGUCAAGCAUUCCUCUGUUAGAGGUGGAACAGAGACACACACCAGGAAAACCGAUUGAGGCGCAGCUGAAGGUGGAAGAGAAACCGUCCGUCAGUGAUGUUUCCGAUGAAGACAUGGAUCUUCUGGCAGUUGUUGGGGAUAAUGUGGACAGUGAUUUUGAUGAACUGGUCAAGUCCCAGCUUGAUGAUGUGAAUUCAGAGCAAAUACAACUGAUUCAUGAGAGAAUCAUUGUUGGAAUUGAACGCUCAAGCACCAGCGGUGACGGUAGUAACAGUGAUCGCGAAAACAGUGCUGAUCAAAAGAUCGAAGAACCAAAUGUUAGUGAUUCAGUAACCGAUUCAAACGAACAAGCUAUUCCCGAGGAUGUUCCGGAUGGCAAAGUGACAUCAGAUGCAGCUUUUUCAAACGAAUUGAAGGUCGAAAAUAAUCAAGAAUCAGCCAAUUCUUCCCAGCAAACCCUAACGCCUGCUGGUGUCCCCGGUAGCAACACUGCCCCGAUCGGCGCCGACGACAACGUCGACGAACUGAGCGCCGCGACCAGCAGCAGCCAAACUGUCACGAUUAUGGACCAAAUGAAUAAUGUGGUGACGACAACGACGACUGCGACCGCCAUCGCCAGUACCGUGCAUCAGCAGACGACUGCAACUCCGACGAUUGCCACGACAAUCGGGUACCACAAAAUAGCGGCAGCACCUCCGGCGUUCUCACGGCUGCCACCGGACGGGCAUGAGUUUCCGCCCAACUUCAGCGAACCGAGCGUCGCGACGAUGACCGCCAUUAACGGAGGAAGCAACGGUGCCCCGAUCGGUGCAAAGGGAGAUAAACAUUCCAGCUACGAGGACAUUCCUGAUCUGCCGAAAAGCCAUCCACCAGCUGUGCCUCGCAAAGUCUAUCGUCAGGAUCUGGUCCUGAAGCCACUAGAUCAAAACCAAUCGACGGAGACCGUUUACAAGAAGCCACCCGUCUUCCCGUCGUCACCGGCCAGAUCCAACUCGUUGGUAGCCGAUAUCAGCAACAGUCCCGGAAAGGCGACACACGCCGAGGGAACACGCCGCCGAUCGUUCGAUAUUCACGAAAUAAACAAACCACCCGCUCGGGUGACUCUGGUCGGAUCAAAUUGGCGCAAGGAUGAGAAAUCUGAACGAAGUGUUCGCGAUAAAAUUGCCAUGUUUUCCAACGGGUCCUCUGCUGGUGGAGGCGGAGCAGGAUCGGAGAAUGAAGGAUCCACGGUGCUACGAAAGUUCAGUAAAGAUUUCACCAAGAGCUCGGAGAAUUUACUCAGUGUUGGUGAUGGAGGGCAUCCUCGGAAAGGGGUCGAUCCCAUUGAAGCCUAUGCAACACUGAGAAAGAAAGCACAUAGCGUGGAGAACUUGGACGAGGUAGAUAGCAUACCGAAUGACAGCGAGUUCAAACCCUUGGACAACGGAGGGUAUAAGACCAAAUUUAGUUUGGAAACGUCGAAACCCGUGAUGUUAGGGAAAGCGUUCAGCGUUGAGAAUUUGAAUCCGUCUAACGUGGUAAAAGCAAUGAGUGAUGAUAGCAAAUAUGACGGCGGAGGACUAUUUGGAAAUGCUAAAAUUCUAUCAAGAACUACAAGUUUUUCUGGAUAUUCUAAUGGAAGUAGUCUAGCAUCGAUUAACCAUAACGUUGAAGAAAGGAGAAAGUCCUCGAUUACAAAUUUACUCGAACAGAGAAAGAAAUCAAUGUCAAAGCUGCGAGGAUUAGUUAUUCCAGAAAAGGUACCCGAAACAGAGGUUCUUCCGGACUCCAAGAUCAUUGGUCUUCCCAUAAUUAAAAGUAAAGAUUCGGAAAAGAUUUUAUCCUCCCACGUACUUAGCAGAACUCCAGAAAGUACUUACACCAGGAAAAGUACUACCUUGUCAGCACCGUCUAAAUCCAAUGGCAAUCAGUUCACUCCGAUGGUGACCCCGAAACCAUCCGUCGACAUUGGUGGCAGUUAUAAAAGCAUUUUCCGUAAUCUCAAUGGUUCCUCCUUAAAACCGGAACCAAGAAUUGAGCUUGACGAAGAAGUUUUCCGUAAACCCAUCGCACUAAUACCCCCGGCCAAACCCCCGCGAACCUCUCUGGUCUAUCCAGCUCCGAAAGGUUUGGAUCAACGCAGUCAGACUACCGAGGAUGAAAGCGAUGAUAGUGACUCGGUGUUGAGUUCCCGAGUUUCUUCGCCACCUGUAUCACCGGUGGCUCCGUCACCACCGGAAAAGUAUGUCCUCACCAGAACACUUAGCUCUGAGACAAACACUUCGAUCGCUAGUUCCAACUCAACGUUGACUUCUAGCUCCGGCUCACAGGCCAGUUGCAGCUCGGUUGGAAGCACACCGGCAAUCGACAUGAGCCGACGUAUCUCAAAGUCUUCGUCGAGCGAGAUGAGUAUGAACCGAAAGAAUGUUCUAGCAUCAGCCAAAUGUCGAAGCGGGCGGGGAGAUUUGAAAAUUGAGGAAGCCGCCAACGGAAAGACGAAACGAUAUGAGGAUGGCGACAGUACUGAUGGGUAUGAGGAAGAAGAGCGACGAAAGUCGAAAUCUAAACCAAGAGGAUCAAUCAACAAUGGGAAGAAUUCAUCGAACGGAUUCGAAGAACAGGAACUGACGCACUACAAGGUGGUGGAUACGGCAGACAGUAUUGUAGAUAAGGUCAUCAAGGUCGCUUCAUACGUUGAGGUGGUUUCGGACGUUGAAGAAAACGCCAGUGUUGAGACGGAAGUGGUAAUUCCAAUGCAGAAACCGAUUGAAUCCAUCAAGGAAAAGAUUAGCUUUAAUGCUGCGAAAAGUACUUCCGUUGACAGUGGAGCUGCGAAUGCAAUGUCCGAUCUGGCCAAAUGGGUUCGACAUGAAGCGGCGAAGACAAUUGUGAAUAAAGAAAGUGAAUUGCCCGCCCGUAAUGAAACGAAGAAAUAUGUUCGACCAGUUUCCGAACAGCCUCCUAAACCCAGUGAAGACAUCAAACCGUCUCCUGUGAAACGAGAACUGCGAUCUUCGGUUGACACUAAAAAAUUAAAUCUGGCUGAAAUUCGAAAGUCAUUCGAAGCAAAAUCGAAUGGCAGCACCGUGGUUCCUUCUCCUAUCAAAAUAGCUUCUAAAGAACUUUCAACUCCCGUUGGAAAAACAGUCGCCAAUCAGCACGAUCGUUUUUCGUCUUGGGAUUCAUUGGCUUCUUCAUCUUCCGGAGUUUCCUCACUACAGGCCAACAGUAUGCUCGGUAAUGCCGUUGCCAACUGUACCGGCUCGUCGCAAACUCUUCAGAGUACUCCAUCGGAUUACGGCAGUUUCUCGUCAUUGGGUAGCAGUCAUAGUCUGAUUACCCCACAGGACCUACAGCUAAUUAUUGAGGAAGCUGAUCCACCACUGGCAGCACCGGAAGCGUUUGUCAUCGUUCUACAACGAGAGACUCCGGAAUCCAGCAUCGGUAUUACACUUGCUGGAGGAUCGGAUUACGAAGCGAAGGAAAUUACGAUUCACAAAAUUUUGAAUAAUUCCCCGGCGGAAAAAGACGGUCGUUUGAAACGAGGUGAUCGAAUCCUUUCCAUUAAUGGGCUGAGUAUGCGUGGGUUGACUCAUCGUGAGUCGUUGAGUGUACUUAAGACACCCCGUCCUGAGGUGGUAAUGGUAAUAACCCGUUCCAAAUCGCUCGUCAUCGAUAACAGCAUUUUGGGCAAAACCAAAAGGCCAUCACUGGGUUCGCUCAGUUCGUUAGCAGAGAAGAAUGAAAUUUCCGACUAUGAGCGAAAGAUUAAAAUCCAACACAAGGCAUCGCGUUCACUAGAUCUAGAUCUGGAUAUCGUUUCCAACGAAGCCGAAAGUGUAUUCGACGGAACUGCUUCUGAGGAUGGCCUGCUUUCCGCUGAUGAAUCCAAAUGUUCCUCGAUCACUCCCGCUAGUGAUGAAAUCACCGCUUCGAACAUAGACAACCGAGUGGUGGAAAUUGUGAAAGAUGGUGCCGGCCUUGGCUUUUCCAUCGAGGGAGGGUACGAUUCGCCUGCCGGAAACAAACCGCUGUUGAUCAAAAAAAUCUUCAUGGGAGGUGCUGCCGAAAAAUCCGGUUUACUGAAGGCCGGCGAAGAAAUUGUUGCCAUUAACGACUUCUCGAUCGAGCGCAUGACCCGGAUACAGGUCUGGAACAUGAUGAAGAAGCUACCGAACGGCGGUGUCCGAAUCACACUCAAGUGAACUGACUGAACGAGCACCGAAACGAAUCGCGCGGAAAAGGACUACGGGAAGUAAAAGCGCCGAUCGUACUUCACGACACGAUAGACAGCUUUUCCUAUAAAUAAUUACUAGUAUUGAUAAGGCAGAAGCCAAUCCGUCACUGAAGGGCGGCUUACGCGGCAGCAAUAAUAAUCAAAUUAUUAUCUCUAUUCUUAUACAAUCCACUUUUUAAACGAAUUCUAGUGAGCUAAGAAAAUUGUUGUUUGUAUAUUUUUUUUUAUAUUCGUAUUUCGAAAUUGUAUACAGAAAAAAAAACUAUUUAUAUUUUGGUAAAAAGUGUAGUCAUUCAUUAACAGCAAACAUUAUUAAAAUGAAAUCUAAAAAUGUUUUAGACUGAUCUGUGAAAUUAGCAACUUCGACUCGGUCGAAUGUUCGCAACUUUAUACGAAGCGUAGCAAAAAACAAAUCGAAAAAAUCUGGGUAACGCAUCUGUGAGUGAAACAAGCAAACAAAAAACAACAAUCAUUAUAGAUAUAAUUUUAGUCAAGCUAACUAAAAAACUCGUAUUUGUGUAAGGCAAGUGUUGCAUAGCAUCCCAAAACUCGAAGUAAAUUACCGCUGUUAGAUCGUCAGUUCACUUAUCGAAUGAUGACCUAAAUUAUUUCGGAUAUUCUCAUAUCUUUAUCCGUGUUUGCACUCUGCGUAACAAUCGAACCCAAAAAUGUUCAUUCUCGUUCAAAAACCUUUCAAUGCUGUUCUUGUCAACUUUCUAUUUUCGAAAACUAUUCCUCUUUAAGUUCUUUUUCUAGGACUUACAGCUCGUACACAAACGCAGUCUAAGAAGCCGCUUUGUCCAUACGUUCGUUUUACCCGAUACUUCCAAAAAUCUUUCGAAGUUGAACUGAGUCCUAUGGAAGCGGUAGUUUCUUCAAUGUUCUAUGCAACUGAAAAUGUGUCCGCGGGGAUUUCUAACAGCCCAUGUUUUGUUUUUCUGAGAGAAAACACUAACACAAACAAACGUACUAAUGCUAAUGUUAUUCCUAUAUUUUGCAGCGGUAGUGCUGAAAGUACUGUUACAAAUAACAAAACUGUUUGAAUUGGAAGCCGCUUUGAUGGAUGAUAUGAAAAUCCUCUUGCCUUAGUGAUGAAUUGCUUAACAGCCGACUAUUUAACAUUUUAAAUCGUUUUGUACGUAACGUAAAAAAAACUCAUUGGCUAAAAGCGCAACACACUACACUGGUCUUGCUUUGUGUUUCUAAUCCUGAUAUGUUUUAAUUAUUAUUUUAUUAUUUCUGUAGAUAUUUAUAAACCACAAAAAAAUUGGUUUAAAUAAAAUGCGGUAAAUUUUCCAAA